AAGCCCCUUCUUCUUUUUUCCUGCAGUUUCAGAUUGGUAUCUACCCAGGUGUGUGCAGUCUGCUCUGGUAGGUACUGGUGGUGAGACGCAGCUCUUUAGGUCUUAAGACCUUGCCGUUUUUGAGUCUUGUAAUCACAAAAAGAGAAAAGAGAGCGUCACUUUAGCUUAGUAAACCUUUGCUCGAAGUCAGCUACAGGAAUUCAGGAAAGUGCGAUUAAAGACCACAGAGAGGAUUUCCAAGAAAGCUGUUCCAAAUGGGAAAAUUGCACACUCUACUGGCUUUGACUCUGCAAGUACUUUACUCUUGCCAUGCAGCACCCAGUGUGUCCAAUGGCUUCUUCUACCAAGACAUCUUGAAUGGAACCGGGAAUGGAGAAAUUCAUUUCGAUGGUAUAAAACUGCGAGUUGAGUCUCAGCCACACUCUGUGUUUGCUGUGAGGGGCAGUAACAUCACCCUGCCCUGCCGCUUCUGGUAUGAGCCUCCGUUAAUCAGCUCACGAAGGGUGAGGGUGAAAUGGUCCUUGUUACCAAUCUAUGGAGACCAAGAGUUCGAUGUGCUUGUGUCUAUUGGUCACCGUCAACGAAGCUUUGGAGCGUUUAAGGAUCGAGUGCGUCUUCGGAAGGAUGACCGAGGAGACAUUUCACUCAUUAUUACCAACGUGAGUCUGAAGGACAGCGGACUGUAUCGCUGUGAAGUCAUCGAUGGGUUGGAGGAUGAGAGUGCAACAGUGGAUUUGGGGCUCAGAGGUGUAGUGUUUCCCUACCAGCCUCAUCAUGGCCGCUACCACCUAACCUUCAAGGAAGCCCAAAAAGCCUGUAAUGGCCAAGAUGCUGCUGUUGCCACAUUUGAUCAGCUCUUUACUGCUUGGCAAGAAGGGCUGGACUGGUGUAACGCUGGCUGGCUAGCAGAUGGCACAGUGCAGUACCCCAUUGUCCAGCCCCGACAGCCUUGUGGAGGCCUUGAUCUUGCUCCUGGUGUACGCAGCUAUGGAGCCAGGCACAAACAUAGAAACCAUUAUGAUGUCUUCUGCUUUACCUCCACUGUAACAGGACAAGUGUACUACUUGCAGCAUCCUCAGAAGCUCAACCUUACCAUGGCAGUCGAGGCCUGUAUUAAAGAUGGUGCUCAGAUUGCCAAAGUUGGUCAGCUGUUUGCAGCAUGGAAGUUUCUGGAGCUGGAUCAAUGUGACGCAGGAUGGCUGGCAGAUGGAAGUCUGCGCUACCCAAUCAGCAAUCCUCGCUCAAACUGUGGCCCUCAGAAGUCAGGGGUCCGUAGCUUUGGCUUUCCUUUGCCACACCACAAACAUGGUGUAUACUGCUAUAAAUCUAGAUAAAGGCUCUUUGAGACUUAAUGCCUGUUAAAUGUGAAAUAAGAGGUACAACAGCCUCAUAUCCAACUGUAGGUUUGGGCUUUUCUAAGAACUUGGAUAAAAAGAGAUGAAAGGACAAAUUUUAUUGACAGUUAAACCUUACACACUGUCCAGAUAUAAUUCUCCCUUGGAUUCAUUUGAGUACCUAAGGUCAAUAGGAGAAAUAAUUAUAUAAAAGGAUCUAAUGACAAAUUAUUACAACAAGGAAAUAUGGACAUUUGGCUCAUAUUUGGACAAUAUUGCUUUUACAAUUAAAUUGAAUCUGAUUUAACAAAUCUUAUCUGUUGAAAGAUCACACAUUCGGGUCAAUAAUUAUCUUAUGCCAAGGAAACUUUUUUUUUAACACUCUUUAUCUAAUAACUCUUUAUUUUUGCAUUAUUCAUGAAACUUUAGGGAACAAUAUUUACCUUACUCACUUCACAUAAACGCCAAGAUACACUAAACUAAUAAUAAAAAAUUGUUCACAAACAAAUUGAAAAGUAAAAGUGAUUUAACAAAAGACGAAGCUGCUUAUACUGAUGCAGCAAGAUUUAGUGGAACGGUUAAGCGGCCUAAUCAGAGUAACGGUUAAGCAUUUCCAAUUACAUUAGGUUCAGUAUUUCUGGCAAGCUCUUAUGAAUUGCUUAUUAUUACUUUAGUGGAGCUUCGGACCCCUGAAGCACUUCCCGAACUAAGAAAACAGAUAAUGUGAUUAUUGUCUUGUAGAUAUUUAUCUUAUCAACUAUUUUAUCAUACCUUCUUUUUAAGAACUGCCUAUCUAGUUUCACAGUCAUUUCUUAGAAAUAGCAAAGAUGUAACUUUUUUGUGACUUUUUAAUAUUUUGUUCUAUAUGAAUAAAAAAGGUGGUGGAUUAAUUUAAUGCAAAAUAUAAACGUGAAAAAGAUAUAACAACUGCACAUAUGCACGCCUAUCAAAAUGACCACAUAAUGCAUAUUUCUGUGAACAGCUACUGUAAUCAGUAAAGGAGAACCCAAAUGUAGAUAAUCACACAUAAAAUGUUUGCUAAAUGAGUUACUGCUUUUCAUACUUUACUUUAUCUCUGAAAAUGAACAUGUACUACCAGUAGGGGUCUCAGUGUGUGAGUAUGCCCUGCGGACAUGGAGGAGCUCUAGGUAAGAGAGGAGAAAGGGCCUUGUGUAUAAGAGGAGCCCUAAAAGAGCUCAUUCAGUCAAGGGCCACUAUACACUCCACCCUACUGAGCACACUGCAAUGCCUGUACUUUUAUAACUUUUGUAACUCCAAGGGUACUUAUUGCUGUACUCCAAGCCCAGUUGCAUUUUUAAACUUGACAAGGUGAAAAUAUUUUCCAUUACCUGUGAACUGUGAAUAGUCUCAGCGUAUUCCUAAAACCAGACAUGUGAAUUUCUUUGCUUGUAACUGCAGAUCUGUUUUUUUUUCUCCUGCAGAAAUACACACUGAAUUAAAUCCUUGCUUUAAAAGUGA